AUAAAAGUAGUCCAUUGAAUGUGAAGUGUCGGGCGUGCUAUUUUGUUAUUUCAUUAAAAUAAACGUAUGGAAAUUAAAAAAAAUUAACGUCGAGAAACGUUUGUUAUCAUAAGUGAUUUAUAUACAAUUCAUUUUGAAUGUUCGACUAAAAUAUCGCGGAGGAAUCGUCGCCAGCUUCAAUCCGGGCUAACUCUUCUACAAACCACAAACUAUAUCUGGUAAGUAGCCAACUAUAACAAAUUGUUUUUCCUUCAAUUUCUUAUUGUAUGUGUUGAGUAUUUUACAAUCAUAGCAGUGCAUUGUUAUUUUUGUCUUGUGACAUAUCUGCACAAUUUACAAAGCGUCCGAAGUCAGUCAUUUUUCAAAAACUCUGGGCAUCGUUCAACAACACCGGAGCCUGCCAUUUUGUAAAAUCUCGGCCCUCGUUCAACAACAACGAAUCGACAAUCAGCAGUUCCGUUUGCAUGCACUUGAAUAUAUUGUCAUUCACUUGAGUUUUCUUUUUAUCGUAGGUUAUUUAUGUUUGAUGUUCUCUGUGCAUUUUUAAACAAACCAUUUUUGCACAAAUUACGUGAAUUCGACUUCGGAAAAACGAUCCGUCUUCGUUCAUUUUAGCAUGCAUGGAAUAAUUUCGUAACCAAGCCUUAUGUUUAUCUCGGGUUAUAUAUGACAGCGUUGCCACUACAGUAAUGGUGAAUGACAAAGAGGUGAAUGUGCGGACCAUUACGGUGGAGGACCGUACUGGGAAGGUGAAAGUCAGCUUGUGGCGCAACAUUGCAGCAGAGCCUGUGGUGUUGGGGGAUGUUGUUGCCAUCACCAAUAUUGUUGUCAACAGCAAGAGAUAUAACAAUGAGGAAUCCCUGUCGUCAACACAAUUUACAAAGAUAGAGGUUACUGACAUGCCAAACACCGAGAUGACGGCCACCAUUCUAGGACUUGACCUGGGUGAUGUGGAAUCCCAGUUACUCACAGAACAGGAUGGAAUCUUCAAUGUAUCAAACGAAGUGCUAGUUGCAGCCUUUCAGUGUCAGUUGGAAGACAUUACAGCCAAACUACCAAAAACACUGAAUUUCAUAGCCAAAGGACAGUCUGUGGUCACCUUUAAUGAGUGAAAAAUCAUGUUCAAAGUUUAUAGUUUAGAGAUGUUUACUUUUCAUACACUGGAGCAUGACAGUCUGUGGUCACCUUUAAUGAGUGAAAAAUCAUGUUCAUAGUUUAUACCCGGUAGUUUAGAGAUGUUUACUUUUCAUACACUGGAGCAUUCAUAGUGUUGCCUGUUAUAUCAUUCCAUCACCAAGAAUUACCAAACUUGCUAGCUCUUGACCUGGGUGGUGUGGAAUCAAGCUUAGUCACAGAACAGGAUGGAAUCUUCACUAAAUCGAACGAGGAUCUAGUUAUCACCUAGGAUUACCAAACUUAGUGUGAGGAUGCAUAUAUUGAAUGCAGCGUUCCACUUUCAUCAGUUUCAUGUCCUUCUGACGUUGACCUUUACAUUUGAUCUUCAUUAUUUAGAGUAAUAUUCUUGAUGAAAAUUCACUUUAAAACACACAAAAAUCUAUCUUUGUCUGUUAGAGGACAUUACCUAUCUGUCAUUGAUGUGACAGAUUGAUGCAUUAUUUGAUGUGAAAGUGGCGUAUUUUACCUAUUAUAAAAGUCAUUUGAAUUCAAUUUGAGAAUUUUAUUUCUCAUAGUUCCUGCCCACAACUGUCAAUCAUUAUGUGAACCACCAGCCGCGUUUCACAAUUUUACUUUAAAGGUACCAGUAUGAAACAAGAGCAGCAAUGUGCCAAUCAACCUCUUGUGUACUUUUUAAUUGGCCAAUUGUAAAGCACGCAACGGUUCGUAAACUAAUUUACAAUCUGGGGUGGGAAUCAUGAGGCAUUAAAAUCCUCACACUUUAUUCAUUUUGGUGUAAUUAGGGACCCCCACACAUCAAUGUGGGAGCCCUAUAGUAAUCACCCUGUUUGUCUGUCCGUCCAUUCGUUUUUUGUUUUUCUUCCAUAACUUCAGUAUUUCUUAACACAUUAUCCCCUAUGCUAUAUUUAGAUUCCGACGUCAUUUUUAUAUUUUUAGCUAACCAAAAAUAAUCUUGAAGGCUUGAAGUAUCGGUUUAUCUCAAUGGUUUUAAAGGCAUUAUGGGAUAUAGAGCAUUUGCUCCUAAGGAGCAAAUUGUUUUACAAACAGUGUUUUAUGUGAAACACGAGACAUACUAUUUUACAAAACUGAUAAUGUACAACAUAAACCUUGUACUUGUAUUACUUUUACACCAUCUUGUAUGUAUAAUCUCAUUCUAACCAGUAUUUCAAGCAGAUUCUAUGCCAAUCUAGUCAUUGUUUUUUUUAGCUCCACUGGCCGAAGGCCAUGGAGCUUAUGUCGUCACAGAUUGUCCGUCGUGAGUGCGUGCGUAAACUUUUACUUUAAACGACAUCUCCUCUGAAACUGAUAAGCGGAUUUUGACAAAACUUCACAGGAAUGUUCCUUUGGUGGUCCUUUACCAAAAUUGCUCAAAUGGUUCCGGUCCAUUGCACAAUAUGGCCGCCAGAGCUAAAAAUAGCAAAAUCUUUAAACGACAUCUCCUCUGAAACGGUUAGGCAGAUUUUGAUGAAACUUGACAGUAAUGUUCCUUGGGUGGUCCUUUAUUAAAAUUGCUCAAAUGGUUCUGGUCCAUUGCACAAUAUGGCCGCCACAGCUAAAAAUAGCAAAAUCUUUAAACGACAUCUCCUCUGAAACGGAUAGGCAGAUUUUGAUGAAACUUGACCGAAUUGUUCCUUGGGUGGUCCUUAACCAAAAUUGCUCAAAUGGUUCCGGUCCGCUGCACAACAUGGCUGCCAGGGCAAAAAAAAUAGAAAAACCUUUAAAGAACAUCUUCUCAGAAACCGAUGAUCAGAUUUUGAUGAAACUUAACAGAAAUGUUCCUUGGAUGGUCCUUUAUCAAAUUUGCUUCAAUGGUUUCGGUCCACUGCACAAGAUGGCCCCCAGAGGUAAAAAUAGAAAAACCUUUAAACGACUUCUCCUCAGAAACCGAUGAUCGUAUUGCAAUGAAACAUGACAGAAAUGUUACUUGGGUAGUCCUUAACCAAAAUAGCACAAACAGUUCUGGUCUGCUGCACAACAUGGGCACCAGAGCUAAGAAUAGAAAAAAAACACGUUAAACUACAUCUUCUCAGAAACCGAUUAUCAGAUUUUGAUGAAACUUUACAUAAAUGUUCAUCGGGAUGCCCUUUAACCAAAAUUGCCCAAAUGGUUCCGGUCCGCUGCACAACAUGGCUGCGAGAGUUAAAAAUAGAAAAACCUUUAAGGACUUCUCGUCCGCAGUCUUCACGAAAAACAUUUUAACCUACUAGCCAGUUGGACUAGCAUAAUGGCAUAUUUUACUAGUCCGAAUGACAAUCUAGUAGUCCGACUAUUUUGCCACAUUAUAAAACUGUAUGCUUGAGGUAAAUACCUAUUUCAAUUGAGCAGCUUGCAGUUUGAGUAAACAUUUCUUUAUUAUGAUGCUCAUGCAGUGAUAGGGAGUGACAUCCUUCUGUUGGGAAUAGUGCUCCUUGUUUUUCAGAACCUAUGGGUACUAUGUAAAAACAAAAGGCAUCUUGCUUGAAUAGACUGUAAUAAUAUCAACAUGGUUAGAAAAGAAAUGCCAUGCUUUAAUAGCUUUGAUUACAUUUUACUACUGAAUUACCUCCCUUUAAUAGAAAAAAAAUAAUGUCAAUUUUUCACGUAUAGCAUCUUUAAAUAAUUUUUAAACAAUAAUAAUUUAUGAGUAAACAUAUAAGCAUAAAGUUCUCACAAAAAGAUUAAUUUAAAAACCUUACAUUUAUACAUAGGAAAGUAUAUAUAGACUGAACAUUAAUUUUCGUUUAAGUGACAUUCUGAAAGUUUAUGAAACAGCUAUUUUUAGUAACUUAAAUGGCCGAAAAGUGUAAGUGAAACACCAAGUCGAUUCUAUCUCGUCAGUUCUUGUUCAGGUUAGAUAUUUGCUUCAUAAUCUAUUCAGAUUAAAUGUUAACCGAUGAUCAGAUUUUGAUGAAACUUGACAGAAAUGUUCCUUGGGUGGUCAUUAACCAAAAUUUGUUAAAUGGUUCCAGUCCACUGCACACCAUGGCUGCCAGAGCUAAAAAAUAAAAAAAAACUUUAUACGACUUGUCGUCGAAACCGAUGACCUUUUUUCGAUAAAACUUGACAGAAAUGUUUGUUUGGUGCUCCUUUACUCAAAUUGCCCAAAUCAUUUCGGUCCACUGCACAACAUGGCAGCCAGAGCUAUUAAAGU